GCGGGUAUUAUAAAAAUUAGCUUCGGCCUAGGUAAGGAAAUCGUCGCCCUAAGUAUAAUAAAAAUAAAGACGCACUUCGGAACGAUAACUUUCUACAUUUUGCCUAUUAAUACCCCAUUUCUCCUAUAUCUAAAAAACAUAGAUCGACUAGGCAUUAUAUUUAAUAAUACGAAGAAUAGAAUCUCUAGUAACAAGCACUUCGAAAUAGUCGAACGAUAA